AUGGACUAUAGUGAAAGAGAGCUAGUUGUGGUUACCCGUAGCGGUAAAGUGGCAAUAGAGAAUGUGAUGGAAGAUGAGGAUCCUCAAAAACAUGAAGAGGGCCAAGGUGUGGAGGAACAAAAUUUACCUAUUCGACUAAACCUCACUAAAGAACCACAGAAGGAACCAAAGCAACAAGUUCAAGUUCCAAAAGUCAUACACCCUUUACCCAACAUACCUCCACCAUUUCCCCAACGUUUGAAAAAGAAGAACGAAGAUGAGAAGUUCAAAAAAAAUUUGUCAGUAUUCAAGAGCUUAUCGAUUAACUUCCCUCAGGUAGAAGCAUUGUUGGAAAUGUCGGGAUAUGCCAAAUACAUGAAAGAACUAGUUACAAAGAAAAGGAGUUUGGACUAUGAAACGAUUGAGGUGCCCCAUAGUUGCAGUGCAAUUAUGACAAAUCAUUCAAUCACUAAGAGAGAGGAUCCUGGGGCAUUCACAAUCCCGCGCAAGAUUGGCAUGCUCCAUAUCGCUAAAGCCUUGUGCGAUUUAGGAGCAAGCAUCAACUUGAUGCCCUAUGCAAUAUACAAGAAACUUGGUUUGGGUGAACCAAAGGCAACCACAAUGAGUCUCCUUAUGGCUGAUCGAUCAAUCAAGCACCCAAUGAGGGUACUCUUUGACAUAUUGGUAAAAGUGGAUCGGUUCAUCUUUCCAGCUGAUUUUGUGAUUCUAGAUUGUGAGAUCGAUGUUGAAAACCUCAUUAUUUUGGGAAGGCCAUUCUUAGCGAUUGGGAGAGCAUUGGUGGAUGUUGAAAGCGGGAAAUUGAAGUUUCGUGUGAAUGAUGAUGAGAGUGACCUUCAAUAUCUAUAUGGUACAAGACUCUAUGGAGGUGUUGAUGGACGACUUCUCAGUCGUAGGGGAUACGUUCGAAGAGUGCUUGACUCACUUAGGACAGAUCCUCCAAAGAUGCGUGGAAAUGAAUCUGGUUCUGAAUUGGGAGAAAUGUCACAUUAUGGUAAAACAAUGUCAUACUUGCUAGGCACCAAAGUAAUCGUACACACUGAUCAUGCUGCACUCCGGUACUUGAAGGCAAAGAAAGAUGCAAAACCACAAUUGAUUAGAUUGGAAGAAUGGGCAAAUGUUGAGCAUGAGGUUGACAUAGACGACUCUUUCCCCGAUGAACGAGUGUUUGCAAUAUCCCUCAAACACACAAUGUGGUAUGCAGAUUUUACAAAUUACAUUGUGUGUGGGAUAAUGCCGGAUGAGUUGACCUUUUACCAACAGAAAAGAUUCUUAUUCAAUGAUAAAAAGUACUUUUGGGAUGAACCAUACUUGUUCCGAGAGUGUGUUGACCAUGUUAUCAGGAGGUGUGUGCCGGAAGAAGAAGCAGUAGAAAUUCUCCAUGCUUGCCAUACAUCUCCAGUGGGAGAUCACCAUGGUGGUAUUCGCACUGCCGCUAAAGUUCUCCAGAAUGGAUACUACUGGCCGUCACUCUAG